UACAUUCAUUCCUUUCGUUUCAAAAGCAAGAGGGGACGAAAAAAAAAAGGUUUUGGGAGAAGGCUACCUCGUAUCUCGUGCCCGGCAAUAACUUUCCGGCGACGUGGAACAGUUGACUUGCGCGCUUUCAUCGGGCAUCUGUUGGCAUCUCUGAAAGAAGAUUCUGAAGUUAAUGUUAUUGACGAAAAUAGACAUCUGCCUUGUUCCAUCCGUAUAAUACACCAUAGUUACUACACCACCUUCAUCUUCUUGCUGCUGCAAAUGAUCUCAAGCCACUUCAACUAGCAGUUUCAUUUGAUAUCUUUUGUUUAACGGCAAUUCGAUUAAAUAAUAGUGUUCGUUGGGAUGAGGGGAUUAGGAGUGAUCUUCACUGCAAUUGCAGUGGUGCUUGCUAUUCUUCAAGAGGCAAGUUCACAUGGAAUUCAGCCUCUCUCAAGAAUUUCUGUUCAUACGACGACUUUUGCUCUUAAUGAUAAUGCUUAUGUUAAGGCCUCUCCGGCAAUUCUUGGACUAAAGGGCCAAAACACAGAGUGGGUGACGCUGGAGUAUGCGUCUCCAAAUGCAUCCAAUGCUGAUUGGAUUGGAGUAUUUUCCCCAGCAAAUUUCAGUGCCUCCACGUGCAACCCAGAAAGCCCAAACUCGAGAGUUUUUCCUCCGCUUUUGUGUACUGCACCUAUCAAGUACCAGUAUGCAAACUACAGUAGCCCAGGCUACAAAAAUACAGGAAAAGGAUCAUUGAGGCUUCAGUUAAUUAAUCAGAGAUCAGAUUUUGCUUUUGCUCUAUUUUCUGGAGGUUUAGCAAAUCCAAAGCUGGUGGCUGUGUCAAAUUCAGUUGCUUUUGCAAAUCCAAAGGCACCAGUUUACCCACGCUUGGCACAAGGAAAGACAUGGAAUGAAAUGACAAUAACAUGGACAAGUGGAUAUGGGAUCAGUGAAGCACAGCCUUUUGUUGAAUGGGGUCCAGAAGGUGGUGAUCGUGUACGUUCCCCAGCUGGAACACUGACAUUUAGCCGUAACAGCAUGUGUGGUGAACCAGCAAGGACAGUGGGGUGGCGUGAUCCUGGAUUUAUACACACUAGCUUUUUGAAGGAGUUAUGGCCCAAUGUUGUGUAUUCAUACAAGCUUGGGCAUAAACUAUUCAAUGGUGCAUAUAUUUGGAGUCAAGAAUACCAGUUUAGAGCAUCUCCAUAUCCUGGUCAAAGUUCUCUACAGCGUGUUGUCAUUUUUGGCGACAUGGGAAAGGAUGAAGCUGAUGGUUCCAAUGAAUAUAACAACUUCCAGAGUGGCUCCCUUAACACUACCAAGCAACUUAUUCAAGACUUGAAAAAUAUUGAUAUAGUCUUCCACAUUGGAGAUAUAUGUUAUGCAAAUGGAUACCUUUCACAGUGGGACCAGUUUACCGCACAGGUGGAGCCAAUUGCAUCCACUGUUCCUUACAUGAUAGCAAGUGGUAACCAUGAACGUGACUGGCCAGGAACAGGAUCCUUCUAUGGGAACUUGGAUUCUGGAGGCGAAUGUGGUGUGCUGGCUGAGACAAUGUUCUAUGUCCCUGCUGAGAACAGGGCUAAAUUCUGGUACUCUACUGAUUAUGGGAUGUUCCGAUUCUGCAUAGCUGACACAGAACAUGAUUGGAGGGAGGGAACAGAGCAAUACAAGUUCAUUGAGCACUGCCUAGCUUCUGCAGAUAGACAGAAGCAGCCAUGGUUGAUUUUCCUCGCUCAUCGAGUGUUGGGUUAUUCUUCUGCUACCUGGUAUGCUGAGGAAGGAUCAUUUGAGGAACCAAUGGGAAGGGAGAGUCUUCAAAGACUUUGGCAGAAAUACAAGGUUGAUAUAGCCAUAUAUGGCCAUGUGCAUAAUUAUGAGAGAACAUGUCCCAUUUACCAGAAUAUUUGUACCAAUGAAGAGAGACAUCACUACAAGGGCACCUUAAAUGGAACAAUACAUGUGGUAGCAGGAGGAGGAGGAGCAAGCCUUGCAGAAUUUACAACCAUCAAUACAACAUGGAGUUUCUUUAAAGAUUAUGAUUAUGGAUUUGUAAAACUUACAGCAUUCGACCAUUCUAAUCUUUUGUUCGAAUACAAGAAAAGCAGAGACGGUAAAGUUUACGACUCCUUCAAGAUAUCCCGGGAUUACAUAGACAUCUUGGCCUGCACGGUAGAUAGUUGUCCAAGUACAACAUUAGCAUCCUGACUAUGAUUGCUUUGAUGUUGCUACAGAAGCCACAGUUGCAUGAUCAUGUACUGAAGCUGUGAAUAAAUAUUUAUGUAAUCACGAGGAAAGUUGCAGCUUCCAGUAAUAAACACUCAAAUUGUGUAAAUUAGCUGAAUUUAAAUAAUAAUAAAAAAAAAAAUCCUCCAAGCUCGGAUUUUAUUUA